CUUUGACCUUUCCCUAAUCCUUCACGGCGGACUGAAGGCGCCUUUUCGCUGCAUGUCAACAUGGAGGGGAUGAAGGAGAAGCAGGGGCUCGUGCUGCAGUGAGGCUCCAGCACGCUGUUCGGUCGUGUUCCGGGACUCCCUGGUUGUGCGCCGCCAUGGCCCCGUGCAGCCUGCUGAGCGCCGGGGCGAGCCUGCUGGCCAAGACCGUCACCGGGUGGCCCUGCGGCGGCAGCCUGAGCAGGUGGAACAGAGUCCUACCUGCUGUGUUCUUCAGCCCAGUCAGAUAUCUGACUGCAGAGGCCAGCGGACCACCAAAGAGACCCCUGAAUGGAUACAUGAGAUAUGUGAUGCAACAGAAGCCAGCCGUCGUCAGACAGAACCCAGAAAUCAAACCGGUGGACAUCAUUAGGAAGAUUGCCCAGCAGUGGAGAUCUCUGAGUCCAGAGCAGAAACGGCCGUUUGAAGAAGCGUCGGUUCGAGCCCGGGAGCAGUUCAGGGUGGAGCUGCAGAACUACCAGGCCCGGCUGAGUCCGGAGCAGCUGCAGCAGCAGGCUCAGGAGAAACGGCAGCGGAUGGCCAAGAGGAAGGCCAUCAGGAAGAAGAGGGAGCUCACCAGCCUGGGGAAGCCCAAGCGCCCCCGCUCUCCGUUCAAUAUCUUCAUGUCGGAGCACUUUGAGGAGGCCAGAGGAGUCAACACUCAGAUGAAGAUGAAGAGCCUGAUGGACGACUGGAGGAAUCUGUUCAGCCACCAGAAGAAGGUCUACACGCAGCUGGCCGAGGACGACAAGAUCCGCUACAAGAACGAGAUGAAGUCCUGGGAGGACCACAUGGUGGACAUCGGACGGGAGGACCUGAUCCGAGAGCAGACGCUGUCCUCCAGGAAGAAGCGCGCCACCAAAGUGGCCAAGAAGACGGCGAAGACAAAAAGUCCAGCUGUGAAGAAAGCCGGCGCCGGGAAGAAGGCUGCAGCCGCGGGGAGGAAGGCCAAGACCAGCUCCACCAAGACGCUGUCCACUCGCUCCAAGAAGACAUAAACACCCUCCAUCGGCCGAGUCCUCAGGGGACAGCCAGGGGACACUGGGGGACACUGGGGGACUCACAGCCAGGGGAGACCUGAACCUUCACCACAUCACCUUCACUUCCCAGUAGAGUGUGGGUGAGGCAGGGCGAGUCCACACGUCGCACUCCUGGACCUCAGUCUCUGAACGUCCUGCCGUCUCACGUCUUCCCACAGGAUGUCCAGUGGACAGCGUCCCCGUCUUCUCAUUGACACAUCGGUGGUUCUGUGUAGUUUCAGAAACUAAGUGCUGAUUGGUUGCAGAGCACUCAGUGGUUCCAUCGUGCAGCCUGACUGAAUUCUUUACUUAGCUCUGUUAGCAGCGCAGCCCCGUUAGCUUAGCAGCGCAGCCCCGUUAGCUUAGCAGCGCAGCCCCGUUAGCUUAGCAGCGUAGCUCUGUUAGCAGCAUAGCUCAGCUUGUCACUGUAGUCCUUCAGUCCAAACCUCGAAUUACACAGGAUAAGAAUAAACCCAGAGACUCGGUCUGAAGGGACCAGCUGCUUCUCACCCUCUCUUUUUGUUUUCUUGAGAGAACCAAACAGCUCUCAGUUCUGAUGGUCUUUGACUGCUCUCAUCUCUGCUCUGUCUUCUGGUCCUCUGGUCCUCUGGUCUGUCCUCUGGGUCUCUCUCCUCUGUCCUCUGGACUGUGAUGAAGACGUCCUCUCAGUAUUGAUUAGCUUGUAGGAUGGAUCUGGAGCUGCUGUUCACUCCUUGUUUUGUUUUGUAUUUUCUGAAUAAAGACGUCCAGUCUGGUCCUGAGGUUGGACCAGGACACAGUG